AUGGAAGACCUCAGCGGCGGCGGUGAAGGACAGUCGGCAUAUGCGACCUGCCAAUCCUUGUCAAAUCAACCAGUGAUUAAUGUACAUCAAGAAACGGCGGGCUUAACUGCACAAGGCUUCCUAGACCUGGUUGAGGAAAACCUGGCAACAGUUCAGGAAUUCUUCAGGCGUGAUCGAACAUACAUUAUCGCACAGAUGAAGAUAACAUCGAAUCCCCGAAUUUCCAAUCUUUCGCUUAAAAGAUCCUCGAGCUUGGAGGACAAGUUCCUCUGCAUGCUGCACACACGGGAAACAACACUGCAAUAUUAUGCAAGGUUCCCCCACUUGGAUAUUACCAAAGAUCCCCAGUGGUGGGUUACAAUGCAGAAUUCUGGUAAUCGAUCGCAAGGCAAGCUGAAAACAUUUGCCGAGGAGCAGAGCCUUCCCUUAGGCGCCUUACGCAAAGGGGUAUCUGUCACCUGGAAGCAGUUGAUAGUCGAGGUGGAGUUGUCAGCACCAGGGAUAGCACUUGUCUUCCUCCCUGUUCUCAGACGGCUUGAGCAUGUAUAUGUUCCUCAACUAAAACUACUAUGCGACCUUUUACGCUGUGACCGGUAUUCAAACAUCUUGCAACUUUCACGGGCCUAUUCAGAUAUGAUGCGCAAUUACCAAUGCAAUUACAAUUUUUGUAUUGGACCAAUGACAAGAACACAGAGACACCUGUGA